AUGACCUUUGUUAUUAUGGACAAGAUGGAGGUUUGUGCGAAGAAUGAGAUCGAAAUGAUAUAAGAGGAACUGGAUCAUUCUUUAAAGAUUAGAAGCAGUUAGAAUGUAAAUAAUGUUAAGAAUUUUCAAGGUAGCUAUUAACCUUUUAUUUAUAUCAAUUUGGUACAUUAAAUUUAAAUAUUAUAGGGCUAUCCUUCUACUUUAUAAAUCAUCAGAAGUAUUGAAAAAACUAAUAAUUAUUUGCAUAAUUCAAGGUCAGAUAAAAAUUUGUCAACAUUUUAUUCAUAUUAAAUUAAGGUAACUUUAAAAUAUAUUUAAAUCAGGAUUUUAUUUAAAUUAUUUCUGAAUUAUUUAUGGAUUUUUUCUCAUAUUUUUACUAUUAUUUGCAUCACUUUCUCUUCAAACUGUGUAAACAAUCAAGUGAUACAUCAUAUUUUAUGGCGAGUUAUUUUGAAUGUAUUUUUUUUUGCUGAAAUUCAAGGCAUUUAGUUAAUUUACAGUAGUAACUUGGUUAUGUUUGUCUUAAUUGUUGCUUGGAUAUUAAUACAUUAUAUUUGA